CACGGUAGUGAGACAUGUCGUACAGUUGUGUGUGAGGUCAAUACGCACAUGUAACAGGUGGUUCGAGCAAGCAGGCAGACAGUCAACAAUCUCCUCCACACAAACAAAACUUCCGCAAUUGAGCUCCGUUCACUCUCCUUCCAACGACUCACGAUACAUGGCAACAUGACAUCUCAAGUUGAUGGCGACAGACUGUCGCAGAUAAGGCAAGCUCUUGAAGCGACGUACGAUGCACGAUCGACAAACGACACACGAAGAGCAGCCCUUGAAUUCCUCGACGGCGCCAAGAAGCAAGCAGACGCGCCGCAACACGGCUACUCGUUAGCUAGCGACUCCUCGCAACAGCCUGCCAUCCGUCACUUUGGUCUGUCGCUGCUUGAGUCCGCCCUGCGCUACAAGUGGGAAGACUACGACCAGAACCAGGCAGAGACGCUUCGCAGCUGGAUUCUCAUCCUCGCGCAGAACGUGUCCGAAUCCGACCCUCAAUACUUCCGCAACAAGGUAGCUUCGCUAUGGGUCGAAGUUGCAAAGAGAUGCUGGGGUGCAGAAUGGUUGGACAUGGAUGCUCUUCUGAUGACCUUGUGGGAGACGCAGGACGACAGCAAGCAGCUGGUGUACAGGCAGAUGGUGCUAUACAUACUGGAAUGUCUGUCUGAGGACAUCUGCAACAAAGAAGAUCCCGUCGCCGGUCUCCGUCAAGAUGUGCUCGGCCAAUCCUUGAAUGAGAUUGUCAUCCCUACUCAGUUGUAUAAAGACCAUCUCGUCGCGCGUGGCAGCUCGCAGAAUGUGCGCCAUACUCAAGACGGAUGGCUCUCUCGCAUGUGCGCCUUCCUCUUCCAGUGCUCUACCUUCAUCUCUCAAGCCGACCAACGAGUCGUCAUGUCUGCCACAAAGACUCUCGAGGCUCUCAGACCAACUGUGACAUGGCUCAACCUGAGAGCCUUGACCGAGACACAGUGUGUCGAAUCCUUGUACAAGAUACUUGCCGCUGGUGAUGCUAAAGUUCAAACGGCCACCAUCGAUGUCUUGCAGGCUAUCCUGAGCCGUCCAUACAACCCUCACUUCCACGAGUCAUGGUCCGAGAUCAUGAUGUCCGUCUUGCGACCUGACCACAUUGAGCUACUGAAGAAUCUUCACCUAAGCUGCAACUCCUCAGCAGACGAUAUCGACGAGGCUAAGUACACUCUGCAGAAGAAGCUGUCCGAGGUCUUGUCUAUCUUGGGAGAUGCCGCUGCUUCGAAUCCGGAAAUCUUAGCCACUCCGGACAAUUGCACAGCCUUGAUCGAUGUGAUGAUGAUUGCCUUCCAGCAUGACAGUCUUCUUGUUUCCAUCCCCGUUUUGCACAGCUUUACAAAGCUCCUGGUUGCUAAAAGCCCAACUAUCUCGACUGUCAUGCGUCAAAAAGUCGCGUUUCUUCUGGGCGCCUGCAGUCAACGUCUCAUCAAAUAUGAAUCGCUCACGGAUGAAGAGUUGCCAGUGAUCCUGUACCUCAAUGAGGACUUUGAAAAUCCUCCCGAGUUGCAUUCGUUCCUUGGCAAUUACAGAAGAUACUGCAUCACGGUCAUCGAGAAUAUCGCUUACUACAUGCCGCAAGAAGCCGUCGGUCACAUCUUGGAUCAGACAGUGCGCAUGAUUGAUACAAUUUGUCAAGAAUUCCGACCACCGUUUCCCACAUUGGGCCCUGCAAAGACGCCUAUUCCCGUACUGCAGCUGGAGUCUCAGGCAUCUGUUUUGAGAAGUACGAUGAAUGGUUUCAUCACAUGGUACGGCAAAGCUUCACAACCAGAGUCCAAGUCUGACGAGCACACGACGAACAAUGUUUAUGGAGUCAAUCUCACGAGUCUGCGCGACUUCUGCUACAAGCUGAUGACAAUGAAGCCGCAACAUCCUGAAAUUGCUCGCCUUACAACUCACAUCGCGGUUAAUGUCCUCGUGAAAACGUUGCAAGGCCAGCCUGAAUUGGUUGUCAAGGUUCUAGACUACUGUUUGAGUCUACAAUACCCAGAUGAUGGCUCUAACAAAGAAUACUCGGCUGCUGUCAAGGGCUUCCAUGGAGCACGCUUGGGCGAGAUGCAACGAAUCGCCAUGUCAUUCCCGGACUAUCUUCUCGAUGUCUACUCGGAUCUGGAAGCACGCGUCAAUAGUCUGAUGUCUGCCGAGGGCGCUGAUGAGCGUACAAAAUGGGGUCUCCAGUCUUUUUUGUUCAUCGUUGUACACCGAGCAUCUGCAGUCGACGCACAAGCACGAGUUGCCCGUCUUCAGCAGAUAAUCCACCCGGUGAUCGAGACGUGGCAGGAUCCACAGUUGACCGAGGCGCUUUCGACAUUUUCUGGCUUCUGCAAUGUUGUGGGUCUUGCAGGCUUGCCAGAGUAUCUGUCAAAUCAGAGAUACGCUUCCAUUCAAGACUGGCCGAGUCAGUCGUUGGAUCAGGAGGGCAAGGCUCGUCAGAAAGACGUACAGAUGAAAGUCAUGAGACUGCCCCUGAACGCCACCAAGAACCUACUCGCAGCAACCACCGAAAAACUCAAGGAGUCGUCUCGUGAAUACCAGAUCGCUACCCAGGUCUGGGGCCCGGCCAUGCAGGCCAUGCUGUCCAAUGUUUUGCAAAUGACCAGACACGCCACGUCGUUCCCUAACAGUAGCAACUGGGCAAACUUCCCUCCCGAGCUUCAAAUGGUUAUGCAAAAAAUGCUAGUGGACAGGUUCUGGCAAGCGGGCAUCUCGAAUGAGAGUAGAGAUGAGUUUUACGCUCGUAUUGCAGAGAGCGGAGAUACUUACGAGGGCUUUGCUUCUGCUAUCCGCGGUAUACCCAGACAGAUCCGGGAUUGGUGCUAUCACAUCAUUUAUGGCAUGACGAGGUUCGAGGAAGAAUUUUUCGGACUUCAGGAGUUGCCUGGUCCACUGGCUGAAGCGCUGCUCACGGAUGCUUCGUCCUUGUCGACACAUCAUCUGCAGCGAUUGAUUGCAUUGGUCGAGAGACUUGUGCAGAGAUGUCCGGCUCAUCACAGAAAACACUUUAUGCCUCCGAUACUAUCACUGUUCUUCUCUCAAACAGAUAAGAAGAUUAGUGCCGAGUGGGAAAUUAUUGAACGAUCGAGCACUCAAACCGUAGAGGGUGAACAUCAGUUGAGCGAUGAGAUGAAGGCGGAAAGUGUGCUAAGAGCUACCACCUACGCCGUCGUCUCUUUUGCCUCUACCCUCCUCGAUCAACGCGCAACAGCAGACGUCACAUCAACAUCCCAACCCCAAACCUCCCACCACACAAUGCGCACCCUCAUCCUCUCCUUCCCAAGCAUCCUAGAACCCCUAAUCCUCUUCUGCACCCACACCCUCCGCAUGCGCGAUUCCCGCUGCUGCACCCUAACAACCAGGAUCCUACGCUCCAUCCUCCCAUCCUUUACCUCUUCCGAUCCCACCACUUCCCCAGCGGCGGCACAAGUCCGAGAAUUCAUCAGCACAGAAGUACUAAAAGCCUGCAUCACAUCUCUAAACGAGCCUUAUUUCGUAGACGUCCAACGGGAUCUCGCGAAUCUGAUUGCUGAUAUUUUGGCCUUGUAUUCGGGACUCAGUACUACGGCUAGAGAUGUUUUGUGCAGUUUGCCGGAUAUGGAGGGGGGAAGGGUGGAUCAGGUGAUUGAGAGGAUUGUGGCGUGUAACAGUGAGAGGACGCAGAGGAUUUUGGUCUUGGAGUUGUUGGAGGGGGUGAGGGGGGUUAGUAUUCAUGAGCAGGGCAAGAUUGAUAGGAGGGAUGUUAAGACUAAGAGGAGUGCGAUGCAGCAGCAGUAUAUGGAGGUUGAGCAGAAGACUGAUGGGAAAAGGGAGCAGAGUCCCAAGCUGGAGGGCAUGGCUGAGAUGUUUGGCGGAGAGUAGGCACGAAAGGGAGAAGGGGUUAUGAGAAAAGAGCUGUUGAUCGAUCAAAGCGACAACAAAGACAGACUAUUUUGAGCCUCUCCCCGGUAGCGAUUUCCCCAGCUGAUCGAGGCAGU